AUGAGAGAAAGGAUAAACAGAAUAUUUUUUCUUCUUUUCUUUCUUUCUUUUUACUUUCACAUCUUUUUCUUUCUUUCCUCUUACAUUUUUGCUUUCUUUUUUCCUUUUACUUUGCUUUUCUUUCUUUUCUUCUCACUUCUUUUUUUACUUUUUCUUCAUUUUCCUUUUAUUUUUUUCUUUCUUUCCUUUUACUUGCUUUUUCUUCUUUCUUUUUUCUUUCCUUUUCUUUUUUCUUUACUUUUACUUUUACAAACUAACCUGGCCGUGCCUAGCUAUCCUGGCCUGUUCAUAUCUAUCUAUCUAUCUAUCUAUCUAUCUAUCUGUCUCAGCCUGUUCAUAUCUAUCCAUCUAUCUGUCUAUCUCGGCCUGUUCAUACCUAUCUAUCUGUCUAUCCUGGCCUGUUCAUAUCUAUCUCAGCCUCUUCACUAUCUAUCUAUCACAGUCCUUUCUUAUUCUUCUCAGUCAAUUCAUAUCUAUAUAUCUAUCUUUUUUAGUUCAUUCAUAUCUAUCUAUGUAUCUAUCUAUCCCGGCCUGUUCAUAUCUAUCUAUCUGAACUUUUCUCUCUUUCUUUCUUCUUUUCUUUUCUUUUUCUUUCUCUUUUCUUUUCUUUCUUACUUCUUUUUCUUUCUUUUCUUCUUUUCUUUUCUUCUUUUCUUUUCUUUUCUUCUUUUUUUCUUUCUUCUUUUCUCUUUCUUUUCUUACUUCUUUUCUCUUUCUUUUUUCUUUUUUCUUUUUCUUUUUCUCUUUCUUUCUUUUCUCUUUCUUUUCUUUCCUUCUUUUUUCUUUUUCUUUCUUUUUUUCUUUUCUUUCUUUUCUUACUUUUUUCUUCUUUUUCUUCUUUUCUUCUUUUUCUUCUUUUUCUUUCUUUCUUUUUUCUCUUUCUUUUCUUUUCUUUUUCUUUUCUUUUUUUCUUUUUUUUUUUUCUUUUCCUUUCUUCUUUUCUCUUUUUUCUUUUCUCUUUUUUUCUUACUUUUCUUUCUUUCUUCUCUUUCUUCUUUUUCUUUUUUUCUUUUCUUUUCUCUUUCUUUUUUCUUUUUCUUUCUUUUCUUUUUCUCUUUUUUUCUUCUUUUUUUUUUCUUUCUUUCUCUUUCUUUUCUUCUUUUCUUUCUUUUUUCUUUCCUUUUCUUUCUUUUCUUUUCUUCUUUUUUCUCUUUCUUUUCUUACUUUUUUUUCUUUCUUUUCUUUCUCUUUCUUACUUUUCUCUUUCUUUUCUUUUUUUUCUUUUUCUUUCUUUCUUUUUCUGUUUCUUUUUUCUUUUCUCUUUCUUUUCUUUCUUUUCUUUUUUUCUUCUUUCUUUUUUACUUCUUUUUCUCUUUCUUUUUCUUCUUUUUCUCUUUCUUUUCUUCUUUUUCUUCUUUUUUUCUUACUUUUUCUCUUUCCUUUCUUACUUUUUCUCUUCUUUUUCUCUUUCUUUUCUUACUUCUUUUUUGGGUGUCAAUAAUUUCGGACCACCCGCUAUCUAUCUAUCUAUCUAUCAAAUUCAAAGGCUAG